GAUAUUCAAAUAAAUACUUUUUUUUCACACUACAAGCUAGAAAUCACUAUACGUUCUUUGAAACGGCUCAUUGUAGACAUUUGCUCAUGACACUGCAAUGGGCUCUUUGCACAACUACUUCCGCAUUCUCGUUAGUGCUGCUCCAGCGUUUCCGGUUUGGCUUUUCCGGUUUUUCACUACAGUCGCAAUGGCAGUGUUUUUCAGCCGGUGUUUGCAAGAGCUUCCCAAAAUGAACAUAAACGACGUUCAUCGGAUAUGUAAGGAGACCAGCAAAGCCCCCACUAGCAAGCUGGAGAAAGGCUUUAAAUUAUACGCGUCUUCAUACGUACACAACUACGAAGUGUCGAAUAGGGACAGGCUGUCAGGUGAAGUCAGCGUGAGAGCCUUGUGCUACAGAUCCAUGAGGAAGAACGAGUCACCACACAGUUUACGAAUCAGGCUUCGGGAUUCUUCUCCUGUUGUGUUGACACACACAUGCUGUUCAUGUGUCGCAGGCACUGCUCUUUGCAACCACUUAGUGGCUUUGCUUUUCCAAACGGCACAUUUUUCUCAGCUCAGUGUGCCAGUAGUCCCCCCCUGUACUGAAACGGAACAACGCUGGCACAAACCUCGGACAAUUGGUGUAAAGCCAGGACCCAUCAACAGCAUGGUGAUCACCAAACCUGUGCCAAACCGGACAUCUCAAGGUGGGGUUAGAAGCGGACUCUACAGAGGCAUGGUGGGCCCUUUACCGGACCCAUGCAUGUUUAGAAUUGCAGAGGCUUAUGAAAAGUUUGCACUUGAAGACAAGCCACUAGUGACCACCAUGGGCAUGGGAAUAAAGAAGCCAGCUGUUCAGUGUGCUUUUGGUAUGGUGCAGGAGGGCAGUGUAUUGUCAUACCAGCAGCCUGUCUUACCAUCACGGCACAUCACACUGCAUCUUGAUGCUCCAUCAUUUCCUCAUCUGCCUCUGGAAGACCACCACCUUGAUGCACCCACAUGUGCUUUUGUGUGCACUGAACAGGAGCUUUUUCACCUGAAAGCUUUGGAGGUGUCACUUAACAUGGCUCACCAAAUUGAGGCUUCAACUCAGGAGCAGAGUUCCUGUGCUGACUGGCAUGUGCUUCACCAGCCUAGAGUGACAGCCUCACGUUUUCGUGAGGUGUGUCAUGUCAAAGGGCAAAGCUCUGCGGAAUCCCUAGCUGAGCGCAUCAUCAGAGGUACCAGACAGACGGCAGAAAUGAAGAGAGGUGUAGAGAUGGAGUCCGGAGCAGCAUCUGAAUACUGCAAAAUGCUGAAUGUUAACUACACUCCAUGUGGUCUAGUCAUCCACCCAGAUGCUCCCUGGCUUGGUGCAUCCCCUGAUGGUGUUGUAUUCGACCCAACUGAAUACCCCCAGUUUGGCUUGGUGGAAAUAAAAUGUCCUAAUGUGAAGAACUACAUUGACUGUAAGUAUCUGCACAUGGAGUAUGGAUGUUCCAAACUAAAGAAGACUCAUGCGUAUUACUGGCAGAUUCAAGGUCAGUUACUGAUCACUGGGUUGCAGUGGUGUGAUUUCGUGGUGUGGGCUCAGGAAGACAUCUUUGUGGAACGGAUUUACAUGGAUGCAGAUGUACAGAGGCAAAUUCGUGAGAAGACAGACUUUUUUUACUUCUACACAUACAUGACAAAAUACCUGUCAAUGAAACGUUAAAAUGUAAAAAUGAAAACUGAAUCUGUUUACACUUGUUACAAAAUGUUUUUAUUGUACAAAGUUUACAAAAGUUCAUACAGAAUCUGCACAAACACACCUGAAUCACAUUAUAGGUUUAAUAUAUAUGAGGUGUGUCUAAAAUUACUGUGGCUUUUAGUACAAUCUGCUCUUUUACAGUUUAAUAUAUCGUCGCUGUCCCAAAAAAAAAAAAAAAACUCAAUUUUUGUCGAUUUUUAGUUUACUACAUAAUUUGAACAAACAAACAGUUCCUUACACUGUUUCACAAUUUAUUGUUCAAUGGAGCAAUAGAAACUCUUUAAAAUGACCUGAAAAACUCUUUUUACAUUGACUUCUAUUGAAAGUUUACAAGAUUUUUUGUCUUUCCUGUACAGUUGCUGUUUUGGAGAUAAGUGUUUUUCAUUGGACAGCGACGAUAAACAUUGUGUGAACAUAAACUAAAUAGUUGGAAAUGGAAUGUUCUGUAUACAAUUAUCUACUGCUAUAGUAUAAACAUUUUGCACCCAUAAUAAGUAUCUGUUAAAUCCUGAAAAUACUUUUUUAUACUUAUAUAUUACAUUAUUUAUAUAUAUAUAUAUAUAUAUAUAU